AUGGGUGUUAGCGUUGAUCGGUUAUAUGCCAAUUGCUCUGCAAGCAAAAAGGCCCAGGCUAAGAUAGAGAACCUCAAAAAACAAGUUCAAGAAUGUGAAAAGACCAUCGGAGCAAAGUUUUCAAGGGUUGGUACAAAAUUGGAGUUCUUCUUUCAGCAAGCUUUCGUGUUGACCCUUUUGUCGAAUAAGGAAGAGGAUAAAGCUAAAGGCGACACCAACAUUGCAAGGGAGGACCUUCCCCUGGCUGUUAUCCCUAUAAGUAACAGGGAUGAGACAGAGUGGACAUUAACUGCCGCAAGCAAGGUGGCGAAGGCCAAGGAGGUGGCUAAGGUGAUUUCGGUGGAUGGGAUCAAGUAG